GAACUAGACCAGAGUCCAGCACUGCCUUAGCUCCCCUGAGCUCCCCUUCCUCUGCUCUCUUCUCCCUGGGAUCACUCACCUACCUCCCCCUUCUUUGCCUUCCCAGUCUGUCUCCAUGGCUCCCAAGAAGCCUGAUCCAAAGAAGGAAGAUGCAAAGGCGGCCCCCAAGGCAGCCCCAGCUCCGGCUCCUGCUCCCCAGCCAGAGCCCCCCAAGGAAGUCGAGUUUGAUGCCUCCAAGAUCAAAAUUGAGUUUACUCCAGAGCAGAUAGAAGAGUUCAAGGAAGCCUUCUCCCUAUUCGAUCGGACCCCCAAGUCAGAGAUGAAGAUCACAUAUGGGCAGUGCGGGGAUGUGAUGAGAGCACUGGGUCAGAACCCAACCCAGGCGGAGGUUCUUCGGGUGCUGGGAAGGCCCAAGCAGGAAGAACUCAACUCCAAAAUGAUGGAUUUUGAAACCUUCCUGCCCAUGCUGCAGCAUAUUGCCACCUGCAAGGACACUGGCACAUUUGAGGACUUUGUGGAGGGGUUGAGGGUCUUUGACAAAGAAGGCAAUGGAACUGUUAUGGGAGCUGAGCUGCGCCAUGUGCUGGCCACCCUAGGUGAGAGACUGACUGAAGAUGAGGUGGAGAAACUGAUGGCUGGGCAGGAAGAUGCCAAUGGAUGUAUCAACUAUGAAGCAUUUGUGAAGCACAUCAUGGCCAGCUGAGAU